UGCAUCCUCAUCAGGCCAUGUCCCUUCGGAACCCAGGAGAUGCCUCUAGGUGCAGUGCAGCUGAGAUGGGAUUUCAUGUCCAGGAGCAGAGUCUUCUUCUGUGAGCUGACCUCUCCUGCCCCCCUGCUCCAUUUUCGCUGAGGCCUCAAAGAUAUUACUGGCUGGGAGCUGGUGGGGGUGUAGUGGAUAAACCUUCUGCUGAAGAGUUUUGGAAGGCAUUGAGGAAGGAAUUAAAAAUAACAGCAAGCAUGCCUUUUUUCUCUCUUUGAUGCUGGUAAAUGCAUGGAAUGUGCCAGGGUAUGUGGCCCUAAAUAACCCCCUCUGUCAAUGGGACUCCGUAGAGAACAUGGAAAGGCUUUGCACUGCUUCCCUUCUGCCCCAUGUUCAUGGGACUGGUUUCUGCGAUCGUCCAAGCCUCAUGCUUCCUCUCUUGCCCCAAAUAAUCUGUUGGAAAUCUGGAGAGGGACUUGAGUUCUCUAUACUCUGCAACCAAACUGUUUGCCGUGGGCGAGGCCCUGUCUGAUGAACUCCAAGGAGAGCAGCUGGAGUGACAAAGAAGACUGGUUACAGGCUGAGAAAAGUGAAGUGUAAAUUCAAACCAAACUUGGCACUUGCUUGGAGAACUUCAGCUGAUACGGCUCUAGUCGUCAUCCUUUGUGGCUGUGCUGUGUCUUAUAAAUAGAACAAGAUGCAUUUCCUUUUUUUUUUUUUUAACCCCAGAGACACAAGGAGGCAUGUGUGUGGGUGAGUAUGGGCAGGGAAUAUUAAUUAUUUAUGUUCCAGUUCAUCGGAGAGUCAGCAUGGGAACUGGCCCCCGGGCUUCAUGGAGAUGACUAGGCCAUCUUGUGGGUAAGGCUGGACUGUGCUUUUGUAUCUUUUGAGUUCCAGCUCUCCUCACCAUUGCCACCCUCUCCUCCUUAGUGGCAGCCCUCGGUUUCUCCCACCUGGAUACUGCAGUAAGUCAGUUCGCUCCUUCCCUCUCUGAUCCAUCCCAUACUCUGGAUCAGGGGCCAGACUCACUGUAUUAGGAUGCUUUGGGCUACAAGUAACCUGAAACCCAACUAACAUCUUCACCAGUGUGAGGGCUUAUUAUCUUCCCUAAGAAGUCUGGAGGCAGGGAGGUUUCGGGCACCAGCAAGGACUUGGGAGCCUUCCAUCUUUCUGCCCUGCCAUCUUCAGCCCUCAUGAUCCAGUGACGGCCACAGCUGCUCCAAGAGUUACUGUCUCUACACGGUUGCAUCUAGCGGCAGAAGAGGCUGCUUCUCCUUGGGGGUCUCUUAAUCCAGGAAGGAAAUCUUUCCCAGAAGUCUCCUGGUGUCUCGCCAGUAUUUUGUCACAUGCAGUUGCGGCAGAAAUAAUGGAUUGUAAUAAGCCUUUUGAUGUCAGAGAUCCAGGCUAUUUCUUUGGCUCCCCAGUACCUGCUAGGCACCUAGUAAAUGUCAAUUAAUACUUGUUGAUUACUGUUUUCCUUUUCUGAGUAGACUCCUGAAUACUUAUCUGAUGUCAUGCUGAUUUCAGAGGUUAUGUUGGUAAACCAAUCAGGGACCAGAUCUUGCCCUCAGGGAGCUUACAGUCAAGAUGGAGAGACCAUUAUUUGUGUUCAGCAUAUCCAACCAUGUGGGUUGUAGCAGUCUGCUGUGGGGCAGCUUAGGAACAGGUGUGAAAUUGGGGCUCAGGGGGACAAAUGGAAGUGAGACUCACCGAAGGGGACCAUCAGGGCCUCUGAAUGCUGUGGCUGAGGACGACACAUUUUCCAACCUAAGCAAGGUCUUUCAAGAAGUUCGGAUUUCUGUCUCCACCCCACUACCAGUCUUGUUUUCCUGUUGACAAAAUGAAGGUUAAAAAUUUGCCCUUGAGUAUGGAGUGGGGGCAGGGUACAGAGCUAAGCGCCUCCUGCCCCCAGGGGAAAAUUUCUAAAGGUUCUUGCGGUAUUUUAGCUUCGAAACCCUGUGAAAUUGAAUUGCAUGUUUAGCGUCUUUGUGCGUCUCACUGGCUUUGAAGCUGCUGGAAACUUUCUCUGAAAGCAUAUAGACGAAGAAAUAAGAAUUCUAUAAAUGUUUGGUGGUUAAAAACAAACUGCUGGCCAGUUUAUAGAAUUUUGGGGUCAUUUUCUGAUGGAACAUUCUGCAGACACGGAAUACCCUGGAGUCUUCCUGUCACAGUCAGCUAAUAACUGACUUCAGGUCUGCAAAUGCUUUUUCAUUCCAAUUCAGAGAAAACAGAGCCUGUCCCAGGGCCUCAUGGGCCCUUAUUUUCCUAUUGAUCUAGGAGCUGGGCUAACUCAGGACCCCCCUGGGAAACAUCUCAAAGCUCAUUAAAGAUGUUUGUUUCAGGUUUGCCUGUUUUUCUUGCUUGAUUGAAAAAGUUGCAGUUUUGGCUUUUCUUAUUAAAAAAAAAAAGGCUCUAUCGCUACAGCUGAUCCGGGAGGUGGGAGUGGGGGGAUUGCACACUUCAGCGCACACGUGAUGUGUUGCCCUCCCGCCCUCUGCGCGAGGCCCUCACAGAGUGGCAUCUCUGAGCACAGGGCCGGGCACCAAAGCAGCUACUUUCCUUGAAAAUUCUUGAGUCUCCAGGAGGAGAGGCCAGGUGAGCCUGGGCAUGAAACCCAAUGAAGUGGUUCCAGGGUGAGGCUGGUUCUGUUUGACCAGCUUGAGUUCUGAAGUUAAUGGUCCAAGGUCCGCACUCAGAGGGAGAGUUAGUAUAUGGGGAGAUGGAGGCCCUGACAGCUAUUCCAGGGUGUCCCCCGACCCUUUGUUUAACCGCGGCUGUGGACCAGUGGUCUCAGAUGUUUACCGUCACCUGUUUAUAAGAGGGAAGUGUGGUCAUAUUUCUCUCUCUCUUGUGGGCUGCACGGUUGCCUUACUGGGGCUCAUGUGGGAAGUGGUUACCGUUCAGAGGAGGGUGAAAUAACAGUACUCACGAAGGGACUUUGAUCCGACCAUCUUUCUGAAUGUCACCUUUUGACCACUGUUGUUUUUUUAUUUUGAUUUUUCAUCUAUCAGCCUUAACUUCAGUGACGAGAAAAUCAGACCGCAUGCUGGACCUCGUUCUACCCAGCUGGGUAUCACAGUUCAGAAUUGCGGCUCAAAGUGCUUCUCCUCUCUCUGGGUUUCACUGGGGGGUUGACUUCCAGAUCUGUAGUUCUGCACAGCUAGAGACCCUCAGCUUCAGCUGUUCUCUGGGCUUCCACAUCUGAACAUCCCAGCAAUGCCUGGAAUCGAACAUGGGCCAUUUCUUUCUAUCCUCCUUCCAUGACCGACACUAGUCUUCAUCUUCAUCAUUAUCGGAGCCCCCAGGGUCAGUGAAGUGUUGAAUCAGUCAGAGAACAGACACACGUGAACACGAAGGAACCUUGGCAUCCCGUUUCUCUGAUGAGGCUGAGGGCCCUUGGCCACUCUUUGGUGGAGCUUGGCUUUCUGGCUCCAGGAAGGUCAGCUUGGCUUCUCUGGGUAUUGGUCUUCGCAUCUAGAAAAUGACAAGCUCCAAGAGAGAACCUCAGAGGUCUGUAUCGGCUCGAAUACUUCACGACACCUUUCUGCCCUCUCUUCCUUGGCUUCUGCGUUUUCACUCUUUUCUCGACGCAUAUAUUUUCCUGGGAGGCAAGUGUAAUUUUUCAUCUGAUGCUCUACCGUCAGAGGCAGCCCAUUCCUUAUUUAAUUCUAUUAUAGUCACGGUUUAACUCACCAGGUACUUACGGAGCAUCCUCAGUUGUCGUUGGUGGUGGCAGUACCGCCAGACACCGUGGUCCAGGAGGUGUGAAUGGCCCGUGGAUUUGGACGGUCAUACGUACUCCUGCUGCCUGGAGCCGCCAGGCUUCUAUUCCCGGGCUAGGGGAAAUCAGCCUUCAGGCAAAGAGGAAUUCUCAUUUAGCCCAAAGCACAGGCUUCCUGUGCUUCUGGGACCAGCUGCGUUGCGGCCGAGGUGCUGUAAAAAUACAGGAAGGAAGGGAAGCGUGUUCACAGGUUGGUUAGAGAUUUUGAAACCAACAAUCAACUCUCUUAUCCACAAGAAACCAGAAUCCACUGCUGGCUUUCGGGCUCUCACACCCGCCGCUCGACAGAGUGCUCUUUCAAAACUGGGGUAGACUCUUUUUGCUAAUGGCUUUUUCCAUGAACCCCAGCCAGCCAGCAAGUAUAUUCUUUGAGGAUUAUGAUUUGACCAGCACGCUCAGGAAUCUUUAAAGAGAAGAACCAUCUUUGUCCUCAGCUGUUUUAAGGCCAGUCAGGAGAUAGAGCCUUCUAGAGAUGAAGUAAUGAGAGGCUGGCCACUGCAAGUACACAAGAAGUAAACAGUGGCCAUUCCCGUGACCCUGCUUUUUUUGGGAGUCUGUCACCCCAGGGGCUCCUGGGUGGUGCACAGGAGAGAGAACCAGAGGUGGAAGACCCCGUUUCUAGGCCUGCCCCAUUGUGAACCAGCUUCGUGACCUUGGGUGAGUCACUUUGCUACCCCGGCCCCUGGUUUCCUUCUUGACAAACCAGAGGCGUUGACUUAGCAGGAUUUUAAUGUUUCUGCACCUUAAACAUUCUAAUUCUGGAGCUUGCGUUCGAAGAAAUGACCGACUCUGUUAACUCAUUCGGAUAGUUUCAGGAUCACUGUACAAUCGCUCUGGGGGCUGGAGAUUGGGGCCCGCCGUUGAAGACAGGAUGGAAAGAGCUUUGAGGUGCGGGAUAAGCCGUCUCAGCUGGGACUCCUGCUUCCUAAUGACCACAUUGGUGGUCGGGCUCACCAUGGAAGGUUCUCAACCUUGGUUACUUAUAAAAAUUCUGAUACCCAGACCACACCUCAGACCAAUUCAGAAUGUCUACAGGCGGGGCCUGGGAAUCAGUAUUUUUAAAGUUAUCCAGGUGAUUCUGGGGUGUGGCCAGCAUUGAGAAUCAACAGCCCUAGAUCUUAAGUAAAGCUGUGGUUCAGUGUUCUGGGCAUCUUUUUUAGGGGAAAAGUGAUAGUGGUUGGUUUAAAAAAUAAAAAAAGCACACAGAAAAAAAGUUCUAGAUUUGAGAAGCAUGUUGAUUUGGUAAUCAAGGCUGUUGAUGGUGAGUAGUUGCCCUGAGAUUUGGAUCCCCAGUUUUCUUUCUCUGGGUCAGUGGUUUCUCAAACAUCUCUGAAGGAGUAGAACCAUCUGUAGUUGGUUAUUUCUGCUUGGGAAACUCAGAGUACUAAGUGGGGGGGGGGGGGUGGAGCCAGGGCAGGGGCGGAGCAGGAGUGGAUUAAACAGACCGUAACACGCAGCCACGCAUAACACGCAGCCACGCCUUUUUCAUGAAGCCAAGUCGGAGGCCCCAGCCAGCGCUGGCAUACCUUAGUGUCAGAUCCUUGGCGAUGCCCCGGUGGAUGCGAGGGGCUGUGAAAGUAUGUGCUAUGCCGUUUCCUGUGCCUUGGUCCCUGGAUGGCCGGCUGCAGGUGUCCCACCGGAAGGGGCUCCCCCAUGUCAUCUACUGCCGUCUGUGGCGAUGGCCCGACCUACAUAGCCACCAUGAGCUGCGGGCCAUGGAGCUGUGUGAGUUCGCCUUCAACAUGAAGAAGGACGAGGUCUGCGUGAAUCCCUACCACUAUCAGAGGGUGGAGACCCCAGUUCUACCUCCUGUGUUGGUGCCACGCCACACAGAGAUCCCGGCCGAGUUCCCCCCGCUGGACGACUACAGCCAUUCCAUCCCCGAAAACACUAACUUCCCUGCCGGCAUCGAGCCCCAGAGCAAUAUUCCAGAAACCCCACCACCAGGCUACUUGAGUGAAGAUGGAGAGACCAGUGACCACCAGAUGAACCACAGCAUGGACGCAGGUUCUCCAAACCUAUCCCCGAAUCCGAUGUCCCCAGCACACAAUAACUUGGACCUGCAGCCCGUCACCUACUGCGAGCCGGCCUUCUGGUGUUCCAUCUCCUACUACGAGCUCAACCAGCGUGUCGGGGAGACAUUCCACGCCUCACAGCCGUCCAUGACAGUGGAUGGCUUCACCGAUCCCUCCAACUCAGAGCGCUUCUGCCUGGGGCUGCUCUCAAAUGUCAACAGGAACGCGGCCGUGGAGCUGACGCGGAGGCAUAUCGGGCGAGGCGUGCGGCUGUACUACAUCGGAGGCGAGGUCUUCGCGGAGUGCCUCAGCGACAGUGCCAUCUUUGUCCAGUCUCCCAACUGUAACCAGCGCUACGGCUGGCACCCAGCCACCGUCUGCAAGAUCCCACCAGGAUGCAACCUGAAGAUCUUCAACAACCAGGAGUUUGCCGCCCUCCUGGCUCAGUCUGUCAACCAGGGCUUCGAGGCCGUGUACCAGCUGACCCGGAUGUGCACCAUCCGCAUGAGCUUCGUCAAGGGCUGGGGAGCCGAGUACAGGAGACAGACCGUGACCAGCACCCCCUGCUGGAUCGAGCUGCACCUGAAUGGGCCUUUGCAGUGGCUUGACAAGGUCCUCACCCAGAUGGGCUCCCCAAGCAUCCGCUGCUCCAGUGUGUCUUAGAGACAUUGGGUGUGAAGGGGGAGGGCGGGGAGGGUGGGCUUGGGGAAAAUGGCCAUGUAGGAGGUGGAGAAAUCAGAACUCAAAUCACGGUUGUCAAAGAAGAAGAAAUUUUUCUCCCUCAACCAAAGUGGCACGAGCCUGUUUUACAGAACAUGAAAGCAAACCCAGAGAUGGAUUUUUAUGAACAGCUGUGUCUGCUGAACACAUCUGCCCUUUGGCCCUGCUGUGAAGGGCAAGAAAUGGCUUCUGCUCUGGUGGCUUGAGCAAACAGGUAGUAUUUUACCACCUGCCCCCUCCCCCAGCCCCCUUUUCUUUUAAUGACAGCAAACUGAGAUGUCACUGCCCAACAGGAAACGGCCCUGUGGUCAGGACCGAGUGCGGAAUUCGCCUUGGGCACUCUAGAGGCAGGGAGAAGCCGGCAGGCAGGGGUAUAAGCGCACCUCGGGCCCAGCCCUCCUCUUCCAGUGAGCAUUCCUGAACCCCAGCAGCGGCAGACCUUGCACUCUGGGGGCUGAAUUGACUUGGGGUGGGGAGGGGUCUUGUCUGUCUCCACCCUUCGGGGAGCAUACUGAUUGGUGUGAGCGAGUGUGUCCAGAACCGGGCACACAGGGACCGGUGGGAAGAGGUGGUGACACCUCUUCUUUAAAAACACUCUUAAAGUUGUCUGCAUUUUCAGCAGUUGGAAGGAUCUGUCGAGGCUCAAGCACGUAGGAAAUGUAUAGUUUGCAGCAUCACGGUAAUCUCAAAGAGAUUUGAAUUAUGUGAAGUGUUCCCGGGAAGCAGGAGGCAGUUGUCCGUGAUGGUGUUCAGGCUGAGGCAGCACCACCACGGUGCACGGGUCUCCGGUCACCUGUAAGAGCUCGCUCCGCUUUCUCAUGCAUUCGGCUACAUUGGCUGAUGUAGUCAGUUGCGUUAAUUAAAUGAACUUUAUCGUAUGCUCUUUUAAACCUUUGUUUUAUAUUUAAAAAAAAAAAAACAAACCCUGGGUUGGCACGUUGACUGGGAAACCAGAGGGGGACCCAGCAACUUCUCCCCCAAAGUGAAGCUUUUCCAGGUUUUGUUGAGAAGACACCUGCCAGCACUUUUGGAAGCUGAAAUUAACAGAAGCAAAUUCACCAGGAGGGAAAGAUCUCAGGCCAACACAAAAGCAAAUGAAAGGGCUAUUAAAAAUUUUUUUUACACCUUUGAAAAUUGCAGGUUUGGUGCAAAGAGGUCUGUCAUCUUUCCCCUGGGAUAUGAGAUUAUCUAGCUCACAGUAGAGGAUCAUCAGUGACAACUCUAGCAGUUACAAUGUGUAAUAAGUACUGCUCCCAGUGGCAAUUAGUGAGGAAACUACUAUAAGUUAUUUCAACUGGAAAAAAAAAAAAAAAGAGCCCUCUUCUACUGGCCUUUUGCAGAAUACAGCAGAUGGAAUUGCCACUUGCAAUUGGUACUUUAUACUUUGCUGCUGUUUUUGUAUGAAAUGACUUAUCCCAUAUUUUUGCAUGGAUUUCUACCAGGAAAAAUAAAGGGAUUUCCUAUGGAAGUCCUGUCUUAAUUGCAGGUGAAGGGAAGAAAGUGUACACUUUUGGCAGGUAUAAACCUCAAAUGUGAUGACAUUUCUGAUGCUAUGUGGAGAUGUUGGGGGCUUCCUGGGUGCCUCACUUACAGGAUCCUAGGCCUCUGAAGCUCCAGCCCUGAAGUUUCCAGGUAGGAGAGCUGCUUGCCAAGCCUCCAGAGGACACAGGAAGAGACGAGAGUACCUGGCCAGACCUGGACUGGUCUUUGCGCAGGACUGUCGACACGGAGCCGGAGACGGUGUGUAGUCCCUCACUCCACCUGAGGGGGCCAGAUACUGCAAGUCUGAAGUUCGUGCCUGGUAUGAAAUGAUGGUGGACUGCUUCUUUUAGAUACAGGAAAUCAUCUGAACCUCCUGGAUGUGUGUUCCUGCUCCCAGUCAGGUCUGAGACUCAUGGUAUGACUUCUUAUUCCAUUUUGGCCUCGGCUGAAGCCAUCGUGGUGCCCCCUCUAGAAGCCAUGGGGAGCAGUCUCUGAGGGCCCGCGUUCUCCACCUGCUAACGUGAUCUCCUGUGAGGGCUUCCUACGGCGCACAGCUGUCCCCCAGGUACUUGGGAACCGGCUUCAGGUACAGCCCAAUUUGGGUGAUCUUGUUGGUCACAUCUGGCUGCAUUUGGAUGGUGUCUCAGAACCCUCAGUGCUCAAAGCUAAAGGCUACUUCUAGGAGGCAUGAAGUUUUAAUUUUGUGUUUUUCCGAGAGCUACUUGCUUGGCCCUUUUUCUUUAUAGACUAGACUGCUGGAGGAGGAGGACGAGAGGAAAAAGUGGGAAAGCCCACCUUCAGCACCAUUGAAAAGAAAUUUGGUUGUACCCAGAGGUUAGGAUCUGGUUUCAUUCCCACCCCAGAGGCUGCGUAGGUGGCUUUGAGGCACAUGUAAUAUUAGUGUCCUUCAAGUCAUAAAAAUAGUUUAAAAAUCCUAUUGCCUGAAGGCAUUUAUACAUUGAAAAACUUAAAGGACAGCUGAAAGGGGCAGGAGGAAAUCGGGGCAGUUCUGGGGGGUGACGGUGGCUGUUGGAGACCCUUUUCAGUGCCGUUGUCCAGGCUGCACAACGCGCCUCGCUUCCCUGCCCCGGGCUCCCCGCCAGGCCACCUUCACCUUGCGGCUUGUGCUGACGCUGACCUGAGAGCAGCUAGAGCGCGGGGGCCCUGGAUCCUGGCCUCAGCGCCUCCCUCAGGAGCCAGCUUGUAUUCCCUUUCCUCUCCGCCCACUCCCUCCCCCCUCCUAACUUUAUUUAGUACUUGGAGCCUUCCAGUGCAAGUAGGUAGCCGCCCCAGCGGUUCGGGUUACAGGCCUGUGCUGGCCAGUCUUCUCUGCUGGCCACCUUCCUGGCAGGCUGCAGAUCUGACAUUCUGAGACAAGCCCAGAGUCAGGAGCGGGGACUUGGACUCUUAGGAAGAACAGACAUGAGGGCAAGGCUGCUGGCAGACUUUUCCAUUGUCCUUAUGUUGUCUGUGCUGUAUUUUUUUAUUUACCAUGGUGAUUAUUUUUUUAAAUCAUUGUUAAUGUAUUGGAAUGAGCUGUAGCACGUAUCUUGUGCUUAGUUUGUUUUUCUCCAUCUCCCUCUGGCUUCCUAGAGUUUGGACGUAUUCCAGGGCUAAAUGCUUUUACUCACACCGCAGAAAAAGGUUUUCUUUAAGUAACGCGUGCAUGUCAUGCAUGUAUGUGAGUAGCUUGGGGAGACGGCAGAUAUCUGAUUUCAUUCUCAGCCCCAAGCUGCCAUUUCUGAGGCUCCGUGAGGGUCUCUGGGGUGAGAGCUCACAUUAGAGCUCUCAUUAGGCCACUCUCUGUAGUCCUUAAAAGGAGAAGGGAGGGACAGGAAUCUGCAGACUGCUCAGGGGACUGUUUACCAAGGGGGGCGGGGGUUACCAAGUAGCAAGAGAGGGCAUGAGUUUGGUUCCGGGCCCUGUGUCUUACUGUGUGACUAAGUGGCACAGUUGGGAGUUUUUCCCAAAUCUACAUCUUUGCUAGAAGAAAACCUCAACACGGCUAAGUUGUACCAUUUUUCUUGGUGUGGCAUAGAUGCUCCCUUCUCGAACCCCUUCAAGUGACAGUCUUUCAGGAGUAUCAGCCACUCCGCAAGUGGGUGGGAAAGCAGAAAAACGUAUGGAUCAAAAAUGAGGCACCUCUGAUGGAAGAGCUGGGAAAUGACUUGCGCUACAGGCAACCUUUCAGAAACACAGCUACCACAUGCAAAAACUCGCAUAUUGUGUAAACUGGAUUGAGAAAUUCUCUCAAGUGAUCCUGUAAUUUUUUUCUUUUAUGCUAAAGUAAUGUACACUCGAGCAUUCUGGUGUUUUUAUAUUUAUGUAAUAAUUUCUUAAAACCAUUCAAGACAGAUAACUAUUUAAUUUUUUGAAGAAAGUUGGAAAAGGCUCUCCUCCCAAGGACAGUGGCUGGGAAGAGACGGGGCACAGCCAGUUCCAAACGCUGGUAGAGGGUGCAGUGGCUUUUGGGCUCAGCACCUGGGACGACUGACCCAGGCUGGCUCCCCACGUGGCAGCAUGUGACACAGGCAGCUCAGAGUCGAAUACAGGCCCUUACGUGGGGACCUCUGAACCAAGCCCCUCUCCCUUCCUAGGGGUGAGAACUGUCCAGAGGGAUGAAGCCAUCUUCCUCCAGGAAGCCUUCAUUCACCCUCAGUGCUGCUGUUGCAACUAGGCUGUUCUGGGCAGGACUCCUGUUGGGGUGUGCGUUUGGGUGGGGAAAAAGAACGCGGAGGAUGUUGAUUACCUUCCCUUCUCAGCCAGCCUGACCUUUUAAUACCUUUGUAAAAAGCAUGUAUGUAUUUAUAGUGUUUUAGAUUUUUCUAACUUUUAUCUUAAGAGCAGAGCACCUGUUUAAGCAUUGUACCCCCUAUUGUUAAAGAACUGUGUCCUCUCUCUCCUCUCUCCCCUGUAAGUGCCCUUCUAAUAAACUUUUCAUUGAAAAGCU